CUGUACAGUGCACACACCCCAAAUCACGACUGCCGAGAUGAUAAGAGCACCAGCGAGAAGUCGACUACUCAUGGCAGAUCUCCCUCUCUUGCCUUCCCUCGAGCAAACUUCGUCCCUUGCUCGCGCGCGAGCAGUUAACCUUGUGAGCACGAUGGCUCACGCUACCAGCUCUUACGACGUUGACUCUGCAAGAGGAUAUCUCCGUCGACGCGUCCUUUCUCGUAUUGAUCGUUCUGGGUCUUCUCUCUAUUCGAGAGAUAGCCAUCGCAUCGAAUGUCAUUGUUGAAGCAGAUUGCACUCGCCUACUCAACGGAAUUCUCGGCUCUCGUGGUUGUUGUGCUGCUUACAGAAUGCGCUCAUGCGGCCGCGUUCACCCAGGGGCUGUCUGAGAUUUCUGAUCGUUUUACGGUGCUACACAGACUCACGUUGAAGGGAAUAAAAGCUGUUGAUCCAGCCAGCGUCACCCAUGUCAGGGACGCGCAGCCCAGUAUCGUUGUGAGGUGGUAGAUCAGCUCACAAUUCUUCUCU